ACGCUGGCGCAGUUGGCUGCUGGCCAGUCGGACGCUCUGACACUCCUCCCCUCGUUUCUCGUCUCGAAUCUCAAGCUCCGCCGUGGCGAACAUCGUCCCGGAUCUCACCUCUUCGUUCCGCCCCAUCUCCUCCCUGCACAUGGACUGCAGCAUCAGUCGCUCCCCCGCCAUCUCCUGCAAUACCAGUCUUCUCCCUGUCGGAUGUCGAUGGUUUAUCGAUCUCUUCUCUAGUGAUGGGUUCUGAGUCGAGGGACUGAGAAAUUUUGACAUCUCCGACUUGACUAUUUUCUUCUUCUCAAAUUUAUUUGUUGGUGCCUUCUUGAUCCGCCAAGAUUUCAUUUGAGCGCUUGCCUUUCUGCUUACGUUUUUUGAGCAGCGAUAGAGCAGUAUUGGGAUGACGGCCGGUUUAGUCGUCCGCUUGUUUUGAAUCUGGAAUUUCUUGCGAGGAUUGAGGAUGGUUGGGUUGAGCCUCGUCUAUCAGGCGAGCGGAGGGAAUAAGAGAACAGAAGAGAUUUGAACCGCGUUGGUCUCCAAUAGGCUGAGGCUUGGGGGUUUUAGGCGCGAUAAGUGCUGCAUUGUGCAUUGUGCAUUUUUCGGCCUCUUGGGUUGCUUUGCUGAUUUGCGUCGACGAAUGCUGACAUCUUGAAAUUCAACCGACGACGGAAACGAAAAGUUGUGAAUGAAAGCUGUGCUGUUUAUUUCUAAGGCUUGGGUUUCUGGGCAAGACGUGGAAUAGUUUUGCGUCUAACAAGAGACUGGAAAGUUUUCGUUCCUUGCCUUAGUUUUUUGUUCACCAGCGUACUCCUUCGUCGUUUACAUCCAGUCAAAAUGGAGGCCAAGCGGCUCAUAAUCGUGAAGGAAAGAAUGGUAGACUUGGAGUUCAAGAUCUCUCGCCUAGGGAUACUGGGAAAAGCCUACUAUGAGCUGGCACAAAUAAAGCUAAAAAGGCAUCGAAAUCAGAUAAGAGUGGCAAGAACCCAGAAUAUGCUCUUACAUGCUGCACUGAACGUACUUCGAGAAAAAGCAAGGGUUGCUCGUAAGAAUGCAGGUGACCUUGAGGCUCUGAGAAAAUCGACUGUUAGUCUUCGUGUGACACUGAAUCACCAAAGAGAGCUCGUUAUAGCGAAGCAACAUGAGUUGGAGAGGCAAGUUACUGAUACACAUUCAGCAGAGCUGGAAACAGCCGGAUUCCUCGACCCCAACACCCCUCCGCUAAUAAAGAUUCGUAACCUGGAACACAGACUCAAUAUUGUCAUGAUAAAGACAAGAGAUGUGCAGACGCUUAUGAAGCAUUAUGAGGAUACAGUGAAGCCCAUGAGAGAUGAACACAAUUCUUAUGCGGCUCAGCUGGAAGCCGUUCAAAGUAUCGUAUUUAUGAAGAACGCGGAAACUGAGAAGCUUAUACUCUCUCACCACGACGCCAUCCGUGCUCGAGAUGCUGCGAAAGUUGAGCUGGAAGAACUUAUGAAUGCAUUAUUUGGUACUAGCCGGAAGAAAUUGGUCUCACCGGAGUUGGAGAAAAAAAUACUCAAGGCAAUCAAGGAAAUUAAAGAAGUUAUGGACGUCGACUCCAUGCGACAAAUGUACCAUCAGUUUAUCUUACAAGAGAAACAAACAGCGUAUUUGGAUCAGAUUUACGUGGAGUUGAAAAGAACCGUCGAUCAACUGAAGAAUGAGUACCCGGCUAGGAGGAGGAGCUCUAUGGCCAAACCGGAGCUACAUGGAUUGGUUGGAGAAACGAGGCAGAUCGUGAGAAGGCAGUCAGAACGGAACUUGAGUAUGCGGAGAGGCUCGGUUCCACUUUUUCAAAUUCUGGAGGGAGCUCAAAAGCUGGUGGACAAAUUACACGAUGGAAACAUGACCUUGACGGAUGAUGAAUCUCCAGAAAGAAACAUUUUGUUCGGGUGCGAAGAACGUCUAACCAAGAUACUUAAGGCUUUGCAUCGUAAGAUGAAGCAUCUUCAGAAGGAAGCUGAAAGAAAGGCAGCGCAUGAUGCCAUUGGGGCUGAGCGUCAUGAAGCUCAGGAUUGAAACUCCAAGAGAGCGCUGCUAACCUACUUCCAUGCCUACUCCUUCAAGACUAACUUUACCAUCACCAACACGUCUACCAGGGUUUGCUUCGUAAGAUGAAACAUCUACAAAAGGAGGCUGACAAAAAGGCUGAAUAUGAUGCCAAGGCGGCUGAGCGGAAAAAAACGAUCGACAGUUUUAUGGCAGUUUUUGACGAGAACUUGAAACCAAAAGCCCCGUCACCUUCUUCCUCGUGAUUCACGGAGACCAUACAGACCGCCGACAACAAAUCUAGUCAUCUCCACCUGAGCAUCUAAACAUCGACAGAGAACUUCAGGUCUGGUUCUCAGCAGGAUCAGUGAAAGGCUUACGCCCGCGAAGAUGCAAAGAUGCAGGAUUUUUUGCAGAGUUGAGAACAAUUUGUGACCCUGGAGAGAUGGAACAACGGUGUACUUGAAUAUUCGGAUCGGAUAGUUAGGGUGAGUUUGAUUGACUUCACAAUUUUCUGUUACUUUAGUCCUUUCCAGGACUUGAUGGUUGCGUGUUACCUUACCUGUUCAUGACAUCAAUUUUUAAGCUCGGUGUACCUAGACUUCCCUUGUACAGAACCUACGUUACAGACUUCAGUGUCCACAUGACAGCAGAGAGCUGUUGAGACUCCCUUGACUAGUAUGAUUGGGACAACUUAUGCUAAACCCUGCUUAAUCGAAGUAUAGCUGAGUUGGAAGAAAGCUUCUACAUAAACACAGGCUUUGCUUCCAGAUAUACACUGAAGCCUUCCUAGAAUUCCAUGCGUUGCACUUUUUCGAUUCAAGCACAGGAGAUGGCUUGUUCCUCCCGUAUGGUCCUUUGCCUGAUGCCCAACCUGACCGGUUGGUGUGUAAAGAAGACAGUUUUCUUUGAGCCAUAUGCCUACAGACUAAAUUUCGAUAUCUUCGACGGG